UUACAAUAGGGGAUUAAUAAUUUAUUAAUUAUAAGUUAACGGUUGGUUUCGAUAACGUGCCAGUUAUAACAUGGAAUUGAAUGUGAAAGUAAAUUACCCUCUAAGUUACCAAGGACGAACAAUAUGUUUAUAUUUGUGUGUUGGGUAUAUAAGGGGCGGCUACCUGUAUGUGAGACUCAUAUCAGCACUAUGAAGUUUAAGGUUUCAUCUAUCGUGUUGUGCGUGGCUUUGGUGGUGGGUGGUAGUUUGGGUCAGGAUGCAAGUACCACCAUGAAACCAUCAACUACUAAACCAUCGACAAGCAAACCCACAACUAUGGAAAAUGACGUAACAAAAGAAAACAAAGAAUGUGGAAUUGAUGACGUCAAGAAGCAAGAGGCAUGGGACGCUUGGUGGCGCGAAUUUAAUCUUUGGAAAUCAGCGUUUCAAAAAUCUCAAAUGUUGUACGGCGGUUCGUAUGUUAAUGGGGGGUACGGUCAAAAACCAAGCUAUGGCGGCCAAUAUGGUGGCCAAUAUGGUGGUCAAUAUGGUGGCCAAUAUGGCGCCCAAUAUGGCGGCUAUGGCUGGCCCAACCAGGAGUCAAAGAGCGCAAUUGACCAAAUCUCUAUGGGGUUUAACUUUGUUGAUAAAGUUGAUGAAAGCGACCUUUAUGCCGGCGGGGUUGAGGUGCUCGAAUCCGCGAUGGCUCGACUGCGCAUGGGGUUUGAUAUGCGACAUGUCGCUAAUGACAUCAUAGAGCAAUUGUGGAUUAACAAUGGCGAGAUGCGGAAAAGUGCAGAAACCAAGGCUGUGUUGAAGGAAGUACUUUGUCGUAUUUUGAACAGUCCUAAGAAAGAAGAAGCGAUCGCCAUGAUGAAGGAAUGGUCGGAUGAGAUUAAAAGUCAGGGGAGGGCCAACUUGAAUGUUGUUCUUGAUAAAAUUAUUCGCAAGUCCAUUCUAUAUGCAUUGGAGGGCCAGCAGUUCGGGAAGCUAAUGGAGAAAGGUUUCGUGGAUAAAGCUGACAUGCCGAGGUUGCUCACCAAGCGAAUAUUUGAGGUGGUUGGACUGGAUGGGGCCAAGCAAGCUUUCACCGAGUUUUCCGUGGAAAUCAUCGCAAAUUACAUGAAGAGUCAAGCUGAAGAUAUGCGGAUGAUGGUACAAGGAUUUAUUGAUAAAAUAAACGGCACAGCAAGUUGGGGAACGAUACACAUACUCGUAGGUGUCCGCAACUUAACCGGGGAAUUCACGCACCAGGUUGUAGACAAUAUGGUGGACGUUCUUAACGACCCGACAUCCACAACAGAACUUGGCAUGUCAGCCGCGCAUUUGAUGAGAGAUCUCGUUAAAAAAGACAAAGAAGGAAACUUCACGGCCGACUUAAAGAAAUACCUCGCCCCCGGUUCAAGGACCCCAAUAUCUGGCUUCCCCCUCAAAGCCUUGCUGUUCCUCAUUCAACCUGAACGGGAGAAUUGCGACCUGGCAAGUUUGUUAAAGGACACCCCGAAGCUAACAACACCUCAGAUGCCUCAAUACCCGGCAUGGCAGGGAUACCAAAGCUAUCAACCCCAGUACAAGCCAAACUAUCAACAACAACAACAACAACAGCGGCCACAAUAUCAACAACAGCCACAACAGCCGUACUACCAGAAGCCUUCAUACCAAGGCUACCAAAAGCCACAACAACCCGCUAAUGGUGGUUAUGGUGGUUGGUGAGCGAAUGUACAAACAGUAGUGGAAUAUAUACAAUAGAAAUAUUAUACCCACUGUAUAUGUUCGUGUGGUUAUCGAGUGUGUCUAUGAUAUAUAGGUUAAUCGCUGUUGCCAUGAUAUGUGUUAACGUUAUGCGGGUUGCUAUAUGGGGUACCGUGGGAUAGGGUUAAUACAAUGGAACGAUUAUUAAUUUAUUAAUUAUAAGUUAACGGUUGGUUUCGAUAACGUGCCAGUUAUAACAUGGAAUUGAAUGUGAAAGUAAAUUACCCUCUAAGUUACCAAGGACGAACAAUAUGUUUAUAUUUGGAAUAUUAUUAUGUCAUAAUUUACCUUUAUUCUUUGCACCGUAGCCCGCUUGAUCCUCUGUGACGUCACGUGCCAUGUUUUGAACUUAUCAUAAAAAUAAAACGACCAUAUGAGUGCAGUGUUUGUGACGUAA